CCACUCGCUUCCUAAUCUGAGGUAGUAGAUCGGAGGAGAAAUCUCAGCGGCGGCGGCGGCGGCGGCGGCGGUUGCAGAGAGAGGUGACCAGGCGAGGAGAAGGAGAUCCGAGCAGAGCCGAAGAUGAGCGGGGUCAAGAAGGUGACGGACCUCGCGGCCAAGGCCGGCAAGGCGAUCGACUGGGACGGCAUGGCUAAGAUGCUCGUCUCCGAGGAGGCCCGGAAGGAGUUCGCCAACCUCCGCCGCACCUUCGAGGACGUCAACCACCAGCUCCAGACCAAGUACUCCCAGGAGCCACAACCAAUUGACUGGGAGUACUACAGAAAAGGAAUCGGAGCGAAAGUGGUGGAUAUGUACAAGCAGGCUUACGAUAGUAUUGAGAUCCCCAAGUUUGUUGAUACUGUCACUCCUGAGUACAAGCCAAAGUUUGAUGCCCUGGUAGUUGAAUUGAAGGAAGCAGAGAAGACAUCUCUGAAGGAAUCAGAGAGGAUAGACAAAGAGAUUGCUGAACUGAGGGAGAUGAAGAAAAAGAUGAGCACAAUGACAGCAGAUGAAUACUUUGAGAAGCACCCUGAACUCAAGAAGAAGUUUGAUGAGGAGAUCCGCAACGAUUACUGGGGAUACUAGAUAACGGCGAAACUCCCUGUUCCUAUACUGGAACAUUCAAUAAUACUUGUUUGCCCUGAUGUAUGGACGGAAUUUCAUCAUCCAAGCUUGGGUGAAUUCCUUUUUAGCAUGUGAACGGGGCUUGUUGAAACUCAACAUAACUCUGCUCUUUUGAACCUUUUGUUGAACCUCAUCAUUGUGAGGCUCAUCAGCUUAUUUGAAUGAAGUUUUCUUUUGUGCUUA